AUGCAUGUUACAAAAAAAAAAAAAAGGAAAAAAAAAAACAGCAACGCGGAGAGGAAGAGAUGGGUGCUAAUGUAGAUGGGAAAAAAGUUCUGGGCCAAGUUCUUGAAGAGAAGGUGUUACAGGUAGCACGGGCUGUGGAGGAUGCAGUCGACGAGGAGAUCGGCCAGCUGGGACGUCUUGAGAACGAUAAAGAUGACUUAGACCAGCUCAGAAGAGAGAGGCUACACCAGCUGAAGAAAUCAGCCGAGAAGCGCCAGGCAUGGAUUGCCAAUGGCCAUGGGGAGUACACCGAGGUGCCUUCAGAGAAGGCAUUCUUUGCUGAAGUCAAGAAGAGCGAGCGUGUCGUGUGUCAUUUUUACAGGGAUAACUGGCCCUGCAAGGUUGUGGAUAAGCAUGUUUCACUGUUGGCGAAGCAGCACCUGGAGACGAGGUUCGUAAAAAUAAAUGCGGAGAAAAGUCCAUAUCUGUCCGAGAAGUUGCGCAUCGUUGUACUGCCGACGCUCGCGCUCAUUAAAAAUGGGAAAGUGGAAGACUACGUGGUUGGGUUCGAUCAGCUAGGAGGGCGAGACGACUUUAGAACGGAGGUGCUCGAAGAGAGACUACAGAUGGGGCAGUUUGUAUUCCAUGAUGGAGUCUGCAUGCCUGGUUUCGCGCCUCGACCUGCAGAGAGCUCACACAGUCAGUCACAACGGCGCAGUAUUCGACAGGGCGUAUCGUUGGCAGCAUCUGAUGACGAUGACGAUGAUGAAUAACAAUCACACCAAGCGGGCCUGGCUCGUCAUCAUGUCGAGGAGGAACCUAUCCCCACGAAGGAAAGAUAAUUUAACCCAUCUCUGCGUGCAUCACACACUACAGAAUGACUACAUACGCAUUGCAAUGCGUGCACGUGGAGCUCUGGGCAAAUCCAGAAAGGCAUGCACGUAUGUAGUCGUUCCUGGCUGCAUCUCCACUGUCAUUCAUCCCUCCUGCAUGCGGCACAAUGAUUCGCUGGGGAUGCUAUGUGUAGAAGAUUGAAUCCGUAUGCGUCAUUGUAUACUCUGCUGGAAAGAGGUAGCUGCUGGUUGCUGAUUAAAGCCCUCCACAGAUUUGCACAAGUAUACUAAGAAAGGUGCACACACUGCGAGGUGAAAGAUAUCCCUCUUGAUCGGCGCUGCACUUUUUAUUCUUUUCUCUGUGGUGCAAAAACACGGGGAUGUCCUGUUCAGGACCGUUGCGGCGAAGGAGGGAGCGGGAUGCAUAUGCAUAUGCUCAAGAAAGAAUAGGAGUGGAUGUGAGAGGGAGGAUGCGUAUAAGAGAGGAGCUCGCCACGGCGGUCAAGUUGCAUGCACACCUAUCUUUUAUCUUCUUUAAUUAAAAUGAAGUCUAAACGGGGUCUUGCGUGCUGCUGUCUGGGGACAAGGACCGGUCUGGGGCGAUAUCGGUUCUUUUUGGUGGCGUUUCAUGUUUUCUUUCUUUUCAGGUUUCGCCCACUGCUUAUUUGUUUUGGGUGGAGGUGGCAAUUCAUUCCGGAUGGGAGCAAAACAGAGGGGGCAAAAGGAGGAGGAGGAGGUCGCGCUGGAUGGCGAUUCUUCCAGACAGGAGCAAAAUGGAAGGGGCCAGACAUGGACGACGAGGGGCAAAAGGAGGAGGAGGUGAUGUCCAGCACUGCAUGCAGUGGGCGUCGUCGCGUUUUUGCUGGGCACUCCUUUUUUUCUGUGUCCACAAGCCUGGCACAAAG